AAACGUAAAUUUUGUUAUUGUCACGUGACAGCUGACGUAGCGUCAUCAGUUACUGCCGAGUAGUGUUCUGUAGCUGUUAGAAAUGAUGAAAUAACAGGAAAUGUAUUCUUCUGAUUUGUGACAGUUCAGUCAUUUUAAGCUAAUCGAGGAGAUAACGGGACUAAAAUACCCGACUAACGUUAAGGUUAGCACUAAAUUAACCGAAGAGUCGCUGAAACGGAGAAGAGGUGUGUUUCCAAACCGACUGAACUUACAGCAUCUCUUCAAGGGGCUGUUUUCAGUAUGCGGAACCGACAGAGGACGUCCCAGCUGGGCCUGCUGUUCCUGGCCUCCCAGCUGUAUCAGGUGGGUCUGGACAACAUCCCGCCUGUCACCCUGGGUGUCCUGGCUCUCAACGUGUACCUUUACCUGUUUCCUGCGGCUCCACUGAUGAAGGCCUGUGUGAGUGUCCAGCAGGCCUACUGGUUGCAAGACUGGCGCCGCCUUCUGCUGUCCCCUUUGCACCAUGUGGAUGAUCUGCAUCUCUACUUCAACAUGGCAUCAUUCGUCUGGAAAGGCAUAAAGCUAGAGCGACGGUUGGGUGGAGCCUGGUUCCUCUACCUACUGUCAGUCUUCUCUCUGCUCACCGGGAUAGUUUAUCUGGUUUUGGAGGCACUGUUAACAGAGCUCACCCAGGACCAGUCCUACAGCAUGAGUUGUGCCGUAGGCUUCUCAGGUGUCCUGUUUGCACUGAAGGUGCUCAGUAACUAUUACCACCCAGGCGGUGUGACCUAUGUGAUGGGUUUCCCUGUGCCUAAUCGCUAUGCCAGCUGGGUAGAACUAGUGCUGAUCCACAUAACAUCACCUGGGACCUCUUUCAUUGGUCACCUGGCAGGUAUCCUGGUGGGGCUGCUCUACACUUCUGGGCCACUGAAGACCAUCAUGAAGAAAUGUGGAGAGUUUGUGUCAUCGAAUGGAUAUAACUCCCGACCCGGAGUGUACUACAGCUCUUCAGGCUCUACAGGCUACCGUGACACUGGUGGAGGAUACUCAGGAUACCAUCAGAAUUCAUAUUACACACCAGCUCAUACAGCAUCUUAUACAGGUGGACUGACAGAGGAAGAGCAGUUAGAGAUGGCCAUCCAAAACAGUCUCAAUGACAGAGGACAACCCAUCCAGAGAGGAGCUGCUCCUCCUUAUGGUUUCCACCUGACUGAGGAGCAGAGAGCAGAGGAAAUGAGGUGGAGGAGACUGAGGAGGUUUGACAGGUAAAGUGCCAGGCGACGAAGGGGAAGAGGAUGACAAGACACAAGAAGCCUGGUCCAAACUCCACAGGCUGAGCAACAGAAGGUCUAACCACACAGUCUGACAGAUUAAACACUUCUUAUACUGUGUGGUCCUUUGUGAUAACAUGCUUUGAGCAAUACCAAAGAGUUCAAGUUAGCUAUGGAAAGCCACUUUAAUUUGUUGUUGACAGGUUAGAUUACUUAUCUGAUCUGUAGCUUCUCAUCUUGGGAGUUAAGGUGAAAGUUAAGGGAUAUUUCUAACAUUUCUCAUCUUAGUUUCUAUUACACCACUUGAAGUUGUGAAACGGGUAUAAGACAUUAUGUUAGAUGCCUUAGAAUGUUUCAAAACUGAAAUUUGCUAAAUGUACACCAUAUAAUAACCUGUGUAGUUAAAGAAUCAUGAUAGUUGUCAAACCUGUCUGGUCUAGUCUAAACUAAGUGCAGUGGUUUCUGAUCUACACUGACCUUGUGUGGUCUAGAGUCUAGACUGAGAGAAAGUUGUGAUAUCUGCCUUUUUCUGGUAGUUUGUUUAAGGUGAAACUUUUUGCAGAUGCAAAUGAAAUAAGUACAAUAUUUUUGUGCCAUGACAGGUAAAAUCAGAACAGGUCAGUAUUUUUCAUAAUAGAUUCAAGUAAUAGAUGGCAACAAAACCCACAAGAUGCUUUUGGCUCUCUCCGUGCACUUCAUAAACAUGGUGCCAUGCUGUGGUCUGCACUAUUAGCCUACUACCAAAGCUGAUGAAUGCUGUUUAUAUGUACAUAAAAUUGUUCUGGUUUCAUGAAGGCCCAGUCAACAUCUGUAAUAAAUGUUCUUUUUUUUUAAUCAAACAUUAUUGCUAAUAUUCCUGUUCUUGAAUUGGAGCGAUGUCAUCAUGUAUUAUAAGUGACGUUAAUGAUCACCAAAUGUACAAUCUGGUUUUCUCCUGGAGUAAGACUUAAUGUAAUAUGUAAUUUCUUUAACAAUCCCAGCACCACCGUGUCAACUUUCUGAGACAUCUCCAAGUGAGAGUGACACUGUCUGUAGGCAAAGUCACAAAGCGAAGUCUAAGAAGUAUAUUGCUGCCUCUGAUCCCUCUAAAGCCCUGAGGCAUGAUGGGAAGUAGGGCAGCUUAAAUUAGAGCCAAGAACCCCAACAAGUCACACGAGUCCAAAUGGGUCUGAAACCAUGGCCCAGUUGAUACAAUCAAGCUGUAGACCCAGUCCCCAGUGUGGCGUAUCAAGGAGGGAGAAAGGGUGAAAAGGUUGUGCAUUAAAUAGCCACACCCAGCGUCACAGUAGGUGGAUGUGUAACUGUUCUGACAUCAGAAGGAUAUAACAGUUUGCAUAGUUUGAUUUUGUGCGCUGUCAUGGAGAGCAUGGGAGCUGAGUGUAGCACAGGGCCCUGGCAGAACAUGAAUGGGGGAGGCUGAGGUGUGAUUGAGGAGAUGACAGGAUGGGGACAGGGAUGACACACGCUGAACAGAUGUUUCCAUCUCUCUGUACGUGUAACAUGGCUGCACAUUAAAGGUGGUACUUGGCAUGUUGGUGGUUUA